UUUACGUGUGCGUUGGAGUACGGACUGGGUGCUGUUUUCGUAAAAGAGAUCGAAUGACUGAGAUUAUGGAAUUAUCGCUGGGUUGUCCAUUAUGGUCAAUCGUGUUAAAGAAUUCUUAAUGAAGUGUAAAAUUUGACUUGGUUUUGAUCUCUAAUGGAAAACUCAAAGUUUGAUUUUGACUGGACUUGGAUACACAGAUUUUAGAAAUUGUCAACUUCGGAACUGGAUUUAUAUUGUAAGAGAAAUGGCGUCUGCUAAAGUUUCCAAAGUUCGUCUUAGGUCUUCUGCUUCUAAAAAGGAUGUGACUGAUGGAGACGGCAAACCUACCCCUAAUAUUAACAAUUACGAUCUUCUAAGUACCGUUGGAACCGGUACAUUUGGUCGUGUAGUCCUAUGUCGAAAUAAAGAAUCUAAAGAGUACUGUGCCUUGAAGGUCCUUCAGAUCUCGCUGGUGAUUCGACUGAAGCAGAUAGAACACGUCAAGAAUGAGAAAGAGAUUCUGGCAGCCGUGUCGUGUCCCUUCAUUGUUAAUAUGCAAUGGGCAUAUCAUGAUGAGCGAUUUCUAUACAUGUUACUGGAAUAUGUACCUGGAGGAGAACUUUUUUCAUAUCUAAGAAACCAUGGCAGGUUUACAAACAGUAUGGCAAACUUUUAUUCAUGUGAAAUUGUGUCAGCUUUAGACUAUCUACAUAGCAAACAUAUAGUGUAUAGGGACUUAAAGCCAGAAAAUCUGCUUCUGGACCGCAAUGGACAUAUCAAAAUUACUGACUUUGGAUUUGCCAAGAAGCUAGAGGACAGGACUUGGACAUUGUGUGGUACCCCCGAGUAUCUGGCCCCAGAAAUUAUCCAGAGUAAGGGUCACAACAAGGCAGUGGACUGGUGGUCCCUGGGUAUCCUCAUCUAUGAAAUGUUGGUGGGCUACCCUCCUUGGUUUGAUGACAAUGCCUUUAGAAUAUAUGAAAAAAUCAUUGAGGGCCGCUUGGAGUGGCCAAAGCAUUUAGAUCCAGUUGCUAAGGAUCUGAUAAAGAAAUUAUUGGUGCAGGACAGAACAAGGAGACUGGGAAAUAUGAAGAAUGGUACAGAAGAUGUGAAGAAGCACAAAUGGUUUAAGGGUGUUAUUUGGGAGGAUGUAGCUCUACUCAAAUUAAAUCCCCCCAUUGUUCCCAAAGUCAGCCAUGCGGGGGACACCCACAAUUUUGAGGAGUACCCUGAAGACGGAUGGAAAGACGCACCUCCUGUUUCAUCAACUGAUCUCGAGAAUUUUGCAGACUUCUAAUGCUGUCACUUACUUCUGAUUCAAAGGAUUCCUUUCAAAUUAAAAUGCCAGGGAUUAAAAGUCAUGUAGAUUUUUUUCAAAGUCCAUUUCAGCAGCACAAUAUGUUGAGUGAUACAAUUGAAGUGGUAUAUUCAUUCAGAAAGGAGGAAAAGAAGUUAUGAGCAUCCACAAGUAGAAAGUAGAAUAAGUAUUAUGAGAUUAUGCACAGGGAAAUUUAAAAUUGAAAAGGAUGUUGCUGGGCAUGCUAUGUGUGAUAUUCUGUUAUAAAUGAUUUGUGUAUUAGAUGUGUUGUGUUACUGUUUGGUUAAAAGUAGUUUGAGAUAUACAUAUAUAGCUUUAAUAUAAAACCUCUUUUGUAACAAUAUUAAAAAAAUCCAAAAUUCUUUUGAAGAACAUGUGUGUACUCACCAAUGCUCAUCAAAGAACUAUAAAUAUUUUGCGACAAUGAAGUGUCCAUUUUUGCCCUAGAAUGAAGGUCAGGUUUUAUCAUUGCAAUAUCUCUAAACUUCUCAUCAGUUUGUUUUCAAAUUUACACUAAGAAAAUUUAAUUUUUCCAAUUCUAAUGAACAGAGGCAAUUUAAAAAAAAAAAUGGUAUUUUGAUGAGCCAUUGUUUCUUUAGGAUAUUAUUUGAUAAGAAUUUGAUCUGUUUUGUGUGUGUUUUUUAAAAAUAUAGACCAGGACAGGUAUUUGGCUUUACCAUUCAUUUCUAAUUCUGAUUCAUUUACUGGUAGUUGUUAAUAGGUUUACUUAAAAUUUUUAUCUAGUAGGUCUACAUAGAAUGUGCCAAAUAUGAAGAAUAUUGUACAACCACAGAAGAAUUAAAUUUAUCUGUGUGAAGAUUUUCUCACAUUUUUACAUUUUUAUCUACAUUUUUUGUAGAUUACCUUAAGUCUUUUAAACCCUGGAACAUAGGCUUAUCAGUGGAAUAGUUUCUGACUUUUAUUUUGUUUGUUCUUGUAUGAGAAAAAAAAAGACGACAAAUCCUAGCCAGGUCUGUUCAUAACAACUUCCAUUGUUGGAACUCUUUAAGAAAUGAAAACACUUUUAAUAUCUGAAUUUUAGCGAUGAGGGAGGGAAAACAGUAACUGCAACUAGGUACAAAAAAUGUAUAUUGCAGGGGGAAAUACUAAUUAGAAUAGUAUUUAAAGUACAGUAACAUUUUUUAUUUUUUAAAUAAAUUUAGUUGUUUAAAAUUUUAAUUUCAUUCAAUCCUGUCUAUUUAAUAAAAUCAAUAAAUGAUAUUCUUUGCAAUUGUUCAUCAUAGUUUAUAUCUUUAUUAACAAAUCAAAUCUUUUUCUGAUCAUGCUUUGAAUUUUUUUUUAAAAUUUAUCAGAGUUAUUUCCCUUAUCAGACCUUCAUGGGCAUACUUCUUCUGCUAUCUUUACAAAAGAGUUAUGACAAGAAAAGAAUUUUAGAAAUGGCAUAUUGCUUUUUAAAACAUUCAGUUGCAAAUUAGAAAAGAAAAAAAAAGUUUCUUACUCUUUCUAUGUACAUAACAAGGGCUAUUUUUUUUUUUUUUUUAAUAAUUUUCUAAUGUUACUCUUAAUAUGAAAAUACCACUAAGUGUAAUUUAAUUUUGUUUUUAAUACUGAAUAAUACUAUAAGCAUAAUAUUUUAGCCAUCAUAUUUUUACUUAUUUUUAUGUGACAGAAUUAUAUUUUCUUAUUUUGCUAUCAAUCAAAAACUUAUAUUUAUUUUUAUGAUGUGUUACCUUCAGUUUUAUAUAUAUAUGUGUGUGUGAAGUUUACAUCAUUUUU